AUGGGCAUCCUCAACCGCCGACCCAAGCUGACGCUCACCAAACCGCGACUCCGUCUCUCGCAAGAGACCGCCCUUGACAAUCACGAUCUCAAACCCGUGCCGCCGGCGCAACGAACAUGGACGUCGCUCGACUGGAUCGCCUACUGGAUCUCUGACCAGUUCGCACCUGCCACCUGGCAGCUGGGCGCAUCGAUGGCGGCCACCGGCGUCACGGCUCGCGCUGCCAUCCCGGCCGUCUUCACCGGCUUUCUCGUCAUUGGCUUCGUCAUGUGGGCGGCUGGUGUGAUCGGUGCCACCUACCACGUUGCUUUUCCCGUCAUCAAUCGCGCUCCCUGGGGCGUGUAUGGCAGCCUGUUGCCCGUGGUAGCGCGGGCGUUCCUGGCGUUGAUGUGGUUGAGCAUUUUGACGCUGACAGGCGGCAACUUGGUCGAGCAGCUGCUCAUCAGUCUUUCACCUCGAUUCGCCAACAUGUCCAACACUCUACCGGCGGGGGCAAACAUUACAUCGCGCAGUCUGCUCUGUUUCUUCAUCUACUGGCUCGUCCAGACGCCCAUCACCAUGAUCCCCGUGGCCAAGCUCAAGUUUUUCUUCCGCUUCAAGGCGCUCGUGGUCCCACCCGCUUUUGUCGUCAUUGGGAUCUGGGCGCUGGUCAAGACCGGUGGAGGUGGCGCGUUGGUCAGAGGCCCGGUGACGGCGGGAGCAUGGUCCAUCGUCGUAGCUAUCAACGCUGCAACCACCAUCUUCUGCACCAUCGCCAUCAACAUUUCCGACUUUACGCGCUUUUCGCGCUCCUCCAAAGGUACGUGGCACCAGGUGCUGCUGCUGCCGAUUACGGGGACGAUCCCGUGUGCAUGUGGGUUCUUUGCGGCGGACGCAGCGUUGACGCUGUACGGCAAGGCCGCGUGGGAUCCCGCCCAGCUGAUCUCGCUGUGGGACAGCAGGGCGUUGACGUUCUUCGGUGCUCUGGUGUUCUUGAUCGCUACGAUCGGGGUGAACAUCAGCGCGAAUGCGAUCAGCUUCGCGACGGAUGCUAUGUCUAUCGCGCCCGCCUUUGUCGACGUUCGGCGUGGAUGUGCGAUCGCAGCCGUCCUAGCAGUCGCAAUCACCCCGUGGAACCUCGUCAAUUCCGCACAGGGCUUCUUGAACUUCCUCGGCGCAUACGGCUGCUGGUUGGGACCCAUCUCAGGCAUCUGUCUCGUCGACUACUACCUGUUGCGCCACCAGCGUCUAGACGUGAGACAGCUGUACGUCCAUCCACACGGCGCAUAUAGCUACGGCAAAUGGGGUGUCAACCCGCGAGCAUACAUCGCAUUUGCCGUCGCAUUCGUACCCAACCUGCCCGGGUUCAUCAAUGCGAUCAACCCAGGUGUCAACCUCGACAUCCCGAUCUAUCGAUUCAACUGGUACUUUGGGUUCAGCGUUGGUGCGGUGGUGUACGGCGUGCUGUGCAAGUGGGUGUGGCCGCUGCCGAGCGAGUCGCUGGUCGAGGAGGCGGUCUAUCCGGACGACGCGCUCUGGGAUGACGAGAGCUCGACAGCGAGCGGCAUGGAGAAGAGUGCGGAUGUCGAGAAGAUGGGCGGUGGUGGAAAGGCAGUAGGCUCGACAUCGGAGGGGUCUCUGGACGGGAUGGAGGUCGAUAUCGUCCUUGCCAAGACGGAUCAGAAGGAGUAG